AUGCAACCUCAAGACCUCUCCAAAGCAUCUCAUUUCACAUCCUCGAUCGAUGUUGACCCCAACUCGAUUGACUUUGGUCUCACUUCCCUCCCACCUGCUUCGCCCACUGAUCAAACUGCGUUGUCGACCUUUAUGGUUGAGGUCAGACAUCGUUUGAGCAGAUUAGAAUCUGCCCAUGCUGAAAUUGCGCAGUUAAAAACAGCCCUGGCUGAAUCAGAGGCUGCUAGAGACGCCCUUGCGGCUCAAUUGGCAGCUAUCAACGCUCAAUCCACCACCAAUGUUGCUCCCACCACCAUAGACGCUGUAUCGUCGAACACUCCAACACCACCAUCAACAACAUCUGCCUCCAAGUCUACCCCCAGCUACUCCCAAUCUCAAGUUACAGCGCAACCAUCUUUUGCUGCCGUCGUUGCAUCUAAUACAGGUGCAAAGCGUAAGAAGAAGCCUGCUGCUCGUCCUCCUCCUCCAUCUGCCACCAAGGCAUCCGCUACUCUUGCUCGUCUUUUUGCUCCUCAAAGUGAUAUACCAUCUGGUUAUCAAUUUGUGUACUAUGCUACUCCUGUCCGCCGUCGUCUUUCUGAGCUGCGUCGCCUUGUUCAAGGCGUAGGAUUGAAUAACUCUCGUGUGCUGGAUAUCCAAUAUCCUUUACAGAAUGUGAUAUUUUUUUUGUUCACAAUGACUAUUAUGGCAUGGUUUUUAUAG